AUGGGCUGUUUGGUCAGUGUCUGGCGUCCCAGCAGGAGCUGGUUCAUUAUCAGGUGUCUGUUCCUGUGCUUCACCGACUGCAGGAGGUGCUGAAGGAGCUGAUGGUGCAAGGACUCACCUGGAAGGAUGACAUCACGCAGUACAUCAUCUCUCAGGAGCUCAAAGACGUCCCCCUGGCCCGCCCAUCUCUGAAGCCUGGGAGCAGCUCACCUCAGAAGCUCUCUGAGCGGUCCAAGUCCUCCCCUAACCUGCAGAGACUCGGCCCCAGACUUCCACCCCAGCCCAACAGGGGGCAGCACUACCUGGACUACACCAUAGUGGAGCCGCCUCAGUCCCCCCUACACCUGCAGAGCCUGGACCCUUACACCUACCAGCAGAAAUACAGUUACCAAGACGACCAGGAGCGCUCCCUGAACUCGGUGGACGGGGGGCAAUACCCUCGCCCCUCGUCUCAGUCGGGGGCCAGUCGGGGGGGGCCCCCCGCCCUCAGGAUCUGGACCGACAAGUUCUGCAGGACCUGGUGUCUCUCUACCUGUCUCCCCCCGCACCCGCGACCUCCCGCCACCGGGUGGCAGCACCUCUCUCCUCCUCAUCCUUCUUCCCUCUGGACUACACGGAGGACUACAUCUCCCAGGACCUCGAGGUCAGCAAGCAGCAGCAGCAGCAGCAGCUGGAUCGGAAGGCUCCACAGGGCUACGACCCUCCGGGGGAGGUGGAUG